AUGGAGCGCAUUAUCAAGGGUUUGAUCGAUGUUGCGCUUGGGGGAGAGGAUGAACCAAGGGAGGAGGAGCGAUCUAGAUCUACUUGGGCUGAGGUGGUCUCUUCUGGGAAGCAGGAGGAGGAGGAGGAGGAAGAGGAGGGAGAAAGAGGAAGUAGAUUUGGAUAUAGUGGUGGUUCUCAUGGUGGCCAGCGGAGAAAGUUUCAGAAUCAUCCUAGCGAACAAGAGUAUUCGCAAAGUGAUAGUUAUAAUGUAGAUAUAGAACCUUCAAGGGAGGAGCUUACAAACUUGUCAAAAGCCUGCGACCGGUUAUGGGAACUUGAUUCUAACCGUUUGGUGCCGGGAAAGGACUAUGAGAUUGAUUGUGGUGAAGGAAAAAAGGUUUAUGACAAGGGAGAUCGGGCAUCGGAAAGCUUGUUUAGCUGGCUGAGCGAUGAUGUGUUCAGGCGACCCACUUACUCUCGUUUCUGUUCUCUCCUGGAUAAUUACAACCCGAACGAAGGUAGCAAAGAAGUCGUUACCUCUGAAGAAAAGCAUGAACAGGUUGCAUUUAUUGAGGAAAUCAGCAGGACAGCACCAAUUAAAUAUCUUCAUAAGUAUCUCAUUCACAAGGGAAUUGCAUCAGAGAACUAUGAAGAAUUUAAGAGAAUGAUGUCUAGUCUAUGGUUUGAUCUCUAUGGUAGAGGUGGUGGCUCGAGUUCCUCUUCUGCUUUCGAACAUGUUUUUGUCGGAGAAAUCAAGGGACGCGGGGAGAAUGAAGUCUCCGGUUUCCACAAUUGGAUUCAGUUCUACCUUGAAGAAGCGAAAGGUAGAGUAGACUACCAAGGUUAUAUUUUUCCAAGACGACGCGGGAAUAGUCCAGAUUCCGAAACUCAACUCCUCACAAUUCAGUUCGAGUGGAAUGGCAUUCUAAAAUCGGUUUCGAGCACAUUGGUUGGAGUUAGCCCGGAGUUUGAGAUCGCGCUCUAUACUCUCUGUUUCUUCGUCGGUGAGGAAGACAACCGUAUUUCUCUAGGCCCGUAUUCGGUCAACAUCAAGUGUUAUCAUAUCGGAAACAAUAAAAUAGGAACUGUGUUUCCUAUAUCUGAAUGUUGACAUUUCUCAUUGUUUGUUGUACUUCUAUCAUGUUAUGCAUUUCUUCAACUUUUCUUUGAUCUUUGCUUCUUCUAUUUGGAAAUCAAAGUCUCAUGAAUGGUUUUAAGUGUUUC